UAAAACCCUCAAAGAAGCCGCAUAGACACACGUGUGGGACACUGUCAACAUGGGUAAAAGGAGGCAGAAUAAGCAGCUUUUUACGAAUUUAUCCAAAAAACAGAAGAAGCACCUGAAGGAAUUUGGAGAGGAGCAUCCUUUCCACGACAUAGUCAAUGAAAGACCGGAGAGAACUCAGAUAGUGGACCUGCCAGCAAGUCCAGAACAGUCUGAUGCUGAGAGUGAGGAGGAGGAGGAGGAACCAGAGCAGAAAACAGCCUAUCAGAAACUUCUUUCAACUCUCAGCCAACCUGCCAACAGCGGCCAGAGUGAGGAGGAAGAGAGCGAUGAAGAAGAGGAGGAAGACGGGCCUCUUGAUGAAGGUGUGAGUGAUGAAAGUGGUGACGACAGUGAGAAUGGUGAAGAGGACGAGCUGGAGGAUGGAGAUGAAGCUCCAACUGAAGCAGCAGCAGGAGUGGAAGAGGCGGAUGAUGAGGCAGGAGUGGAGGAUGAGCCAGUACAGGAGGAGGAAUUCACAGACAAGGAGCAUGAAUCUCAGUUCUGCCUGGAGACAAACGUCUUGGGUGAGGGAGAGCAAGAGGACGCUGAGGACACCGCAGAGCAAGAGGACAGUCAAGACACGUUCUUGCAGCAUUUGGACACAGAGCUGAGUGAAGAGGAUGUGGAGAGACUUACAUCUGGCACUAAAGCCCACACGCAGAUCAAGUGGCCAAAACUGGGCACUCUGCUAUGCACCAGUUUCCUGGACAAGUUUGGCCCCAUCGACCAGGAGAAUAACGCCAGCCUGCCUGCUUUCCACAAAGUGCUAGAGGCCCGCUGGAAGUCUCUAAACCAGGCCUCCAACCCCGGGGGAGAUGCAGAGGAGGUCAGCCCCUUCCAACUAGAGCUGCUGGCUCUCAUGGGAUCCUACAAGGACAUCUACUAUUCAGAGAGCAAUCCUCUGAGGGAGGGCUGUCAGGCACACAGCACAUACUGCCUCCAUGUGCUCAACCACGUACUAAAGGCCAACUCCCGUGUCCUGGCUCACAAUGGCCAGUUGAGAGAGCGGAAAACUGAGGCUAAAGCUGGAGCCGAACCACAGGAUGAACCCAGAGAUCAAGGUCUGACUCGGCCGAAGGUGUUGAUCCUUGUACCGUUUCGAGACAGAGCGCUGCGAGUCAUCCAGACAUUCAUCGGCCUGUUGGAGACCAAGGGCAAGAAGAUGGUCGUCAGCAACAAGAAGAGGUUCAAGGAUGAGUUUGGAGAGGAGCCGGGGGAUAAGACACCCAACCUGCAGAGACCCGACGACUACCACGCCAUCUUCUCAGGCAACAUAGACGAUCACUUCAGAAUAGGCGUCUCCAUCCUGAGGAGUAGUAUACGCCUCUACGCCCCCUUCUACUCCUCAGACAUCAUCAUCGCGUCUCCACUGGGUCUUCGCACUGUGCUGGGAGCAGAAGGAGAGAGCAAGAGGGACUUUGACUUCCUCUCCUCCAUCGAGCUGCUCGUGGUGGACCAGGCCGACAUCUUCCUCAUGCAAAACUGGGAACACGUUUUGCAUGUGAUGAAGCAUGUGAACCUGCAGCCACUGGACUCCCACGGGGUGGACUUCUCCAGGGUGAGGAUGUGGAACCUGAACAACUGGGCCAGACACUACCGGCAGACCCUGGUGUUCAGCUCCGUCCAGGACCCGCAGAUCAACAACAUCCUCUCCAAGCACUGCACCAACUACCGUGGACAGGUGGCCACCAAGAACAUGCCAAAAACAGGCUCAAUCUGCCAGGUUCUGGUGCAGUUGCCACACGUGUUUCAGAUGUUCUCUGCUGACAGCUUCAUGGACCAGGAUGCCCGAUUUAAGUUCUUUGUGGACAAAGUGCUGCCUCAGUACAAGGACUCGGUCAUGUCCCAUACACUGGUCUAUGUCCCCUCAUACUUUGACUAUGUGCGUCUGCGCAACUACAUGAAGAAGGAGGAGCUAAACUUUGUCAGUAUCUGUGAGUACUCCAGCAAAUCGGAGGUGUCCCGAGCCAGGCACUUCUUCCAGAAAGGGAAUAAACAGUUUCUGCUCUUCACCGAACGCUUCCACUUCUACAAGAGAUACACCAUCAAAGGGAUCCAGAAUCUGAUCUUUUAUGGGCUCCCCACCUACUCCCACUUCUACAGCGAAGUGUGUAACAUGCUGGCGGCGGGGGGGCAGGGCGAGGAGGCCAGCUGGACCUGCACUGCCCUCUACUCGCGAUACGAUGCCCAGAAACUGGCUGCCAUCACUGGGGCCCAGCGGGCCGGACAGAUGCUUCACUCCAACAAGACUGUUCACCUCUUCAUUACUGGAGAGGAGGACAAAGCUUCCUGACCAUGAGGGACAGUUAACAGAGGGACCACUACACAGAAACCAUUACCAGUGUAUGGACUACCUGUUCAACUAAGCUGUUCAGCUAGGUUGAGUGCCUGUGUGGACACCUGGAUUAUAUGUUGGAGGAAACGCAUCAUAUGUACUUGAGGUUGCUGAGUGACAUCUGUCCACCCGUUCUGCCUGUCAUACAGUAGAAUGAUUGGUCUGACAUCAGGAAAAUGUCUGUUGAAAAUGCAGCUAAUGCAAUGCAGAAUUUUAAAACCAUCUAUGUGUGCAUGUAUGCAAGAGAAGAUGCAUUGACACUUGCUGCAUUUUACAUUCAGCAACAACAAACAGCCUAGGGGCAGGAUUAAUGAAAGAUUAAAAAAAAAAAAAAAAAAAACUCAAGCACCAUUCUCCCUCAACUUUAGUGUUUUAUAUAUAUCUUGUCUUAA